AUGUCAUCCUCGGAAAGAACAGGAGAGCGCGAAACGGGUGGGGGUGGCGACGGCCCCAAAGCGCGCUUUAAAACGCUUCGCUCGCCGUUCCCGGGGCUGAUGGUGCGCAAGGAACAGCUCCUCUCCAAGAGAGCCGCUUCACUUUGCGCUCUUGUUUCCAGUCCUUCUCCUCUCCUCAUCCCGCCCCGGGAGCUGUGGCAGGAGAGAUCGGCUUCCAGGUAAAUCCCGCUGUCUCCCCUCCUUUUCCCAACAGAGAUGCUCUCCUCCCGCGUAGAGGGCGGCUGUCCUUGCCCUUCCCACUUCCACCAGCGCAAAAGCACCUCCGGCUUAUGUCCCUGGGCCUGCGCCUCCUACUAUUAAGGGAUGCGGUUGGGCGACAAUUCAGGCAACUGUCGCGUCCCUUCGGCUUUUUACACUUCGGUUGUAGGCUGCGAUCCUAG